AUGCAGCGGCGAAGCUGGCAUGGCAUGGCAGCUGCCAGCAUUUGUUCCUGGAAUGUGAAGGUGGAUGGCCUCACACACAGUCGACGCAAUCCAGCCAUGCGCUUCGCUACCCUCCUCUUCACCGCUGUUCUUGCCAUCCGGGAAGUUGUUGCCCUCCCGGCCGCCAACCACCUCACCCCGGUGAACCUCCGCAUCGAGGGCGCGGACAAGACCAUCUUUGAAGGCAUCGUACUCACCAAGGGGCACAACGUGACGACCGUCUCUGGCGGGACACACCACUGCGACGGCACAAAUAACGGCGAAAACGUGCUCCCGGGUCCGACAUGCACGAGUGCGCUGGACGAUGCGGCGAAGAAAGAGGGCUUUGCUUGGGACGGCACGUUCUUCCCAGAAUUCGACGACUACUUCAUCACCUCCAUCGCGACCUCUCCCGAAACAGCCACCCAGUUCUGGGGCAUCCUCAUCAACUUCCAGUUCACGCCCGUCGGCGGGUGCCAACAGGAGAUCACACACCCGCUGACGGAUAAAGUGCUCUGGGCCUUCGACGCGUUCAACGCCGCGCAUUUCCUUUCGCUCGCCGGGCCGCUCGUUGCCAAGAAGGGCGUGCCGACGACGUUCUUGGUGACAGACGGGAGCACCGGCGCGGCCGUCGCGGGUGCUGCGGUCGAUGCGAGCGGCGCGAGUAGUGGCGCGGACGGGAAAGUUGUGGUGACCUUCGGUAAAGCCGGGCUGCAUAGUCUAAAGGCGACGCUCGAGGGGUCGGUGAGGUCGAAUAAGGUGGAUGUCUUGGUCCACAACUGA